AUGAAAGAUCAAUCAUCUGCUCACCCCAAAUCAAUCUUUCUGAAAUGCUCUUCUGAGCAAUUGCUUGGAAACCCAGCUGAAGACUCUGCUGAUGUUGAAGUGGACUCUCCUCAACCACAUUCACCUGCUCCGGAAAAUAAAGUUGUGGAUUAUUUUUACUCUGAUUCCAACCAAGAUCAACUCCUCUCUGCAGAAGAUUCUAGUUUCAAUAUCUCCCAAACCCACUACACCUGCCCUGUUCAAUAA